GUUUAAAGGAAAGCAUCCUAGCUUUCCAUUAACGGUGGCGUGUGUAGCAGUUGAUUUUUUCACACCAAGCAUACAUUUAAGGAAUGAUAAGUGUAUUGCCUCUAUGGCUUUUACAUGCUUCUUACUUUACCAUAUCUCAGAGGCAUACAUUAAAAUUGGUUUAACCAAGGUAUGGAAAAGAUGAAGUGCAACAGAGAUAGGAACGUCAUUAAAGGAGGGGAGUUGUUUGUCAAAUGAAUCGGGGGAUUUUUUCAUGCAUUUCGCUUAUGUUUUUCAUCCAAAAAACAUCAGUACACAUUAAAACAUUUUAUCGACAUAAGAUUGCACCAUAUAAUCCCAAACAAUAUUUCUCAUUUUCAAGAAUUAUUUAUAUGUAUUUUCAUUUUUCAAAAUUCAGAGGGAUUGGAAUCAAUAAUUUCUCAAAUUGUGUAAACUGUACGCAUUCCUUAAUCACUAGAAUUUUCUCUUUGAGAAAUUUCCCAUAGAAAUCCAAUGGUACAGUUCCAAGCAGAUUUUGAGAUAACAAGGAAAGUAAAUCUUUAAUGCACACCUUAUUGUCCAAGAUAGGUGUUCUACUUAGACAGGUUUUACUGUAAUUGCAUGGUAUUGAUUAUUCAGUGUGCAUUGACUCAAAAAAAGUAUUUCCGUUGUCAUUUACAUUGUUUUAAUAUAUUGGAGUCAGUCAUUAGAUGCAGUCAUUAACUGCUUUUGAAUAAUUAUAACAGAAGAGUUUUGCGAUGGAUAAACGACUUGUAUUCAUUGCUGUAACAGUUUUAGUUCUUCUCAACUUAUAUACAUUUUGGACAGAUGAUGUUGUUAAAAUCGAGGAGCCUCUGCAUCAUUAUGAAGGAAGACAUGAAAUUACGAAUUUAUUGCCUGUUUCUCAGUGCAAUAAAUCUUCCAGGAAUUUGAUUGGUUAUGAAAGUGACAACCGUGAUAAGGCACUUAUUAUUUACAGUGAAAUGCCGAAAUGUGGCAGUGGAACUUUUGUUAGAAUCUUAAGUGAUGUUUGCAAAUACUCAAAACAUUACCGCACGAAAUACACAUGGCCAACUCCUAGUCCUUUUGAGCUGCAAAGCGUUGAAAGUAAACAAAAGUAUAUAUCAUCAAAAAUUCUACCACUAAGGCCUUAUAUUUUUAUGGGUCAUUUAUCUUUUAUGGAUUUCACUGAACUUGGAUACAAGCAACCACUCUACAUUGAUAUAGUACGAGAUCCGGUCGAACGAUGGAUAUCCCUAUAUUACUACAAGCGUGUUGCACCUUUUCAUAUAAAACGACUGAAGCUUACGCAAAAAGAAAAAAGCCAAACGAUUGAGUAUUGUAUCAAAAAUUGGAUUUCUCUGACUGGCUGUUUGGGCAGGAGUGUCAAAGCAACCGCAGAAUGUUUAAAAACAGAGCCAUAUAAAGGGUGUAAAGAUGAGAAGAUUGUAUCCAGAUACCCAAUAUGGUUUUCUGGACAAUACAUAAACCCUUCGUUGGUGUCACUUCAAAGAGCUAAAACUAACAUCGAGAAGUAUUACACAUUUAUAGGAAUAACUGAACAUUUUGAUGAAACACUGAAAGCAAUAGAAACAAUUCUUCCAAGUUUUACCAAUGAACUCACGAGAAUAUACAAAACUGUUGAAAACGGAAAUGUUGGACAUAACAAAGUAAGACCGAGUGAUGAAAGCAUUGCUGUGAUGAAAGAAUUGUUAUCAGACGAUUAUGAACUGUAUGGUUUCAUACGUCAACGAUUUUACAAACACUUAAACUGUUUAGCUAUUAAUAUUACCAAGCACUGAUAACAUUUAAAACUAUAAAAUAUAUAUCUUUUAUUGACUCUAGAUGUCAUAAACUGACAUAUAAGUGGUUACAAAAUAAAUAAAAUAUACUACACUACACAAAGUCUAAGCUACCAUAAUGCAUAC